UGUAUCCGAUUUUUACCGAAGCAUGUCGGGGAAAGUCGUAGUCUGCAAGUUGUCUCCGGACACGAACCUGGACGCGAGCUCGACGUCAUAUGCGGACGACUACCUCGCAGCACACAACGGACAACAACCCGACUGGGUUGUGGCGAGUCCCCCGUACAAGGGCGCGCUGUCCUUUGUCAAGGCGGCGUUGACGGUGGCGAAGGAAGGCGUGGCGCUGAAAUUGCCGCUGUCGUUUCUGGAACCCUGUGCCGACCGAGCAGGUUGGCUUCAGGAGAACCCCCCGUCGCUAUGCAUGAUGAUGAGCAGGGCCCGGUACCAACCCGCCCACGUGAGGGUUGGCGAAUUUUGGGGUGUGUGGUACCCUCCUGGUGGUGGCUCUAGUAUUGGUGAUAGCACGAAGCUUUCAUUUCUUCCUAGUUAG